UAUAUAAAAACAAAAUAGAUUUAAUAUCUUUUUCCUUUUUUUUCCCCCCCCAGAAAGGAUUUGCUUACAGGUUAAACAAGUGCCAUUUCUGAAUGUACGUAGUGCCAGGCUGUAAAAGGAAUGAAGAGAACAGAUAAACUUGUUUACAUUUAACAAAAAACUGGCCAUAGUCUAUUCUUUAAGUGCCAUCAGCGCAGGAAUGUACAGGAAUGCCAUAUUCUAUUAAAAAUACUUGCUCCUAACUUUGUGGUUGCAAAGCGUAAUUUCACCCCUGGUAGUAAAUGAGAUGUUUGUUCUUUUGUUCAGUAGGGCAUGUAGGAUGAGGCAUUAAGCACUAAAAGCAUGAAGAUUGUUUUCAAUCUGUGCUUUUUGCAAAACUGCAUCCAUUUGAGUGUUCUCGAAUCGAGAGGGGUUUUUAGAGGGCAAGAGAUGAAGUCAUUACACUUUCAGAGCUCCCUUCUAACAGGAAAUUAAAAACAUUUUAAUACCAUUAUCACCAAUUAUUGAAACUUACAAAAACAUUUUGAUACUGUUUGUACAGUUUUUUUAUUUUUAUUGUUCCCGACCUUUUCUAUUAUUAUAACACCUUAUAAAUACGAACAACACAAAAAAUUUCAGAUUUCAUCAGCCAGCAUUAGUGAAUGAAACUCCAGUACCCAGUACAUGCUGAAUGCAUCACAUGCCAUUUUAGUGGGUUAAACUGCAGAAGCGGAUACACCGUUGCAACUGCAUUGACUCAAUAAAAGAAAAUAGAUGUCUUAGUCAUGUAAAAAUGCCGCCCACCACCAAUUUCCGAGUCCUCGCUGUCUCCCUCCUCUCCCUCCUCACUGCCCCUCUUGCUACCGUCGUGGAGGCCUCUCCGUCCCCACCUCCUCAGCACCUAGACCGAUCAGGGAGACCGUUCACGGAGGAGCCCGACACUGGUUCCAGCUCCUCGCUCAUACUCCUCGCCAUCCAGGCCAACCUCAGGCCAGCUGCUCUCCAAGGAAGGACAAAAACUCCAGAAACGCUCCCAGAAACCGCAGAGGAAGUUCUAGAGACUCCUCCGAGACCCCUGCCCCAGGUAAUGUUCCCCAAGAAUGUAACUUCAGCAGAGGCCCUCGCACCUCCUCUAGGUGCAGCCCAGGUGGCAAUGGAUGUAUGGGUGGAUGGAUGCAGAGGAUAUUACGAUGUAAUGGGACACUUUGACAGCGCUUUCAACUGUUCCAAGGACACAUUCAUCUAUUGCUGCGGAACCUGCCACUACCGCUUCUGCUGUCCAGACCGAAGUCGCCAACUGGACCAGGACAACUGUAAAAACUACGACUCUCCGGACUGGGCCAAGCCACAGACGGAGCCCAUGAUUACACCAGAUGACUUAGGUGACCCAGACUUUGAUCCACUGAAGCAGCAGAGCCACAACACGGGCUUUGUCAUCGGUGGCGUGGUUGUGUUUAUGGUGGCUGUCGCAGUAGGCAUCAAGGUGGUCUUCAACAAGGUGCAACAGGAAGCCAACCAAAGGGACCUGAACAUGCCCAGAGCUCUGGUGGACAUGUUGCGGCACCAGUCGAGCCCAGUCCAGCAGGAUGAGAGAAACAACAGCGUGGCUCUGGCUGUAGGAGAUGGCCAGGGGACACUGGGGAGACCGCCGAAAAAUCUCUACGCCCCCGGGCUGCCCAGCAAAGACAACAGAUUGGGCAAUUUGCAACACAAUUUCAUCCACUCAUCAGGCUCCAGUCCCAAGCACACUGCAACUAUCGAACGCACACCUCGGAUGAACAAUGCUCAGCUGGCAGCUGGAGGCACCCUGCUCUCCAGUAAGCACAACAACACCAAAUCGCAGCCUUCCUUCCACCACUCCCUGCACAACCUGGCCCAGCUGCCGCCCUCGUACGAGAGCGCCACCAAGCCCGAGCUCAACAGAUACUCCUCACUCAAACGGCUCGAGAAAGGUCUUGACGAGUACUCAUCUGGGUACUGCACCACCAAGCGCCGGCCUCACACAGCCCAGCCGGCCCUGCAGUCGUCUCAGCACCACCUCCACUGGGGUGGAGACUACACCCUCAGCGGGCGAGGGACCCUCCCCAGACAUGCGGCUCGGCCCUGGAUCCCACCGCCACCUUCUGGCAUGCCUGCUUCACCCACUCCCAAUCCUUACCCUUUGGAUCCCCCGGAGCCCCAGCACAACCCCAACUACGACACUCUCUCCAAGCCUCCGAGAAAAGUUAAGUCCACCGACCAGCUGCUCAACAUGGGUGAUGUCCCUGGAAACACCGGGACUCUGUCCCGGCUCUCCAAGAACCAGCAACACCAGUACUACAAAGCCAUGGCUGCCUCCAAUAAGAACUCCAACACGCAGACGCUCACCAGGAAGACCCAGGACAGACAGGACAGGCAGGACAGGCAGGAGAGACAGGAGAGACAGGAACGGCUGCUCAUGUCCCCAGACCAUUUGGAGGAGAGGAUGGGCGUUGGUGGGAUGGGUGUUGUAGAUCCGUACGCCCACACGGGAAGCGGGAUCGUCCCCACCCUGCCUCGCCAGCAGAAGGCCCAGUCCCAGCAGAACGUCUGUGCAACGCCUUCCCUCGACCGGCACCACAUGAUCAAGAUGAACUCUCAUCCCACGUCCGGACGGGAGCAGGAGAGGACCACGCCUAUGACGGGGCACAUGAGCGGGGGUAUGGGCUGGGCUGGGGAGGGGCCCGGAACCGGAGUAGUCAUGGGAACGGGAACACUAGGAGGCCACAGCGCCCGGAGGAUGGCUUUCGCAGCAAAACGGCAGAACACAAUUGAGCAGCUACAUUUCAUUCCCGGAGGGGGCGGUGGGGGGUCAGCAGGGAGCGGGGGAGGAGGCAGUCAGGGGAUCAGGACGGGGAGUAAAAAUGAGGUGACGGUGUGAGGUCAGUGCCUAAUGUAGAGUUUAGAUUAAAGGGACAGGAAUAUAUCACCCUUCUGCAUUUAACUAUUAGACAUUCAGCUACAAGAAAUACAACUAGAAGUAUAAAGUAUUGUAACAGUAUAAUGUGUUUAGGCUAUUCAAAUUAGUGUUAUCUUGUAAUUAAAUAGCUUAAAUAUGACUUACUUAUAAAAACUAAAAAUUAGGUAGGGGACAUCUGUUCCAGUUAUGUGAUAGCCUACAUCAGCCAUAUUUUGUAUCUGAAUUUGCCGCAUUGCCAUAUACAGAGGUGCCAUUACUUGUAGAAGGACUGACUGGGAGGGUGAAAUAAAACCAACAGAAAUGCCGUUCAUACUUUAGUUUUUAUAUAUUUUUUUCAAAAAGUACUCAGGAGCCAUAUUAGAUAGGAAACCAGAUGAUAUUAAUGAAAAAAACUGGGUAAAGGAAGCGGAGGCCUGUGUGGAAUAUCCUGUCACAGAAUUUCAAAGAACUGAGCCAACUACCUGGACUGCCACUCCGCUCGGUCCUCACCGACGAAGAUUUAUUAAACUGACUCUCAGAUGAGGAGCCCGGUGGACCGGACGAGGCUGAAUGAUGAACUGUGCGCCUGUUGAACUCUUCUGCACCGACCUCGUGCUGACUUAGUGAGACAGAACUGAUUUUUUUCUUUCUUGCUUCCUGUAUAACCUAGAGGACAAGACGGGCUCUGUUUCUGAGCGACACGCAGCAGUCUGACACAACGCCACCGCCCGACGGGAACUGAGGACGUAUCCACAUUACUGAUCUGAUUCCAUGGGUUGCCUACUUUUCCAUGUGACCUUAGAUUAAACCUCCAGAGGAACUCACAAUCUCAUUACUGUUACACUACGGGAGCGUAAGCUGAUAUAAGAUUAUGGGUGAGUUUUUCUCAAUGUUUUCAUCUAUAGAUCAGGACCUACCUGUUUGAAAAAAACAAAAACAACGGGCUACCAAAUAUUAUAGAGCCAUCAGUCACGGCGUUCCAAAAAUUCUUGACAUACACAUACAAAAUCAAGAGAUAAAAGAACAGACGUAUGUGUUCAGUUUACCAAUAAAGAGGCAACUCGCUCUAACGAAGAGCAGAGGCUUCUCCACAGAGCACAAACGAUAGACCAUGACGCAGAGGUUGCACUUACACAACUGUCCUUACAAGCCAUUUAUGGAGAUACAAAGAAAAUCCCACACAGGAAGCUGGUCUGACAAUCACCAUUUAAUUAUUAUCACCAGGUGACAAGUUAUUAAAAAGUCAGCAACAUUUUGUACAGACAGAAGGAUUGGCUUCAGAGCAAGCCGAAACCCUCAGAGUCAAGAGCGAGGGCGACCUGAGGUCCUCUCCUGCGCGGCUCCAGUGUGCCAUACAAGAGACUCGGAUGGUUAGGAAGCCCUUCCCAUCUUCAAGACAAAGACCUUGCUGUAUCAUAACGCACUUCAGCCAGUAUGAAAAAAAAAAAA